UAUCAAGUCUAUAUUCAUCGUUAGUGAGAAAUUGCGUCUCGUGCGGCAACGGGAUUUUUAUUAAUUUAUAGUAAAAGGGUGAUAAAUAAUAGCGACGAAUAAUAACAAAUCUCAACAAAAUAAAAAGAUUUAUACGCUCUAUACAUAAUUUGUUGCUUUGUGCUGUUCUGUGUUUCUUCUGACGCACAUCUCUGGCUCUCCUCUGACGUCACAAAGAAGGAUACAUGGAUAGUUUGCUAAACACUACAUCAAGCGGAUUUUUCAUUUGCGUUCUAAUUUAAUAAAUAAUAAUGGAUGUUGACGAAGAUUAUUCCACCGAGGAAAGCGAUUUCGACGAGCGUAUAGAAGUUAUUCUACCGCCAAGUAACCCAUACGGGGGUUUUCGAAGUUCGCGCAGACGUAUAUUACUACGUGGUAGGCGAUAUAUCCUUCCAUCCAUCCCUCCAUCCAUCCCUCGAGAGUUGCCCAUUAUGGAGGACAUACCGGUGCCUACGGACAACACAUUUGAUGUAACAUUACCAGCGACACAUUCUUAUUUAGGUCAAAAUUUAGAAGAAGCGAGGGGAAGAACAAUACUGGAUGAUGGCAUUUAUAUGAAUCUACCACUGUUGAUAAAACAAUCCGUAUUAUUUCCUGGUCAAACAUUACCUAUGACAGUUUUUGGGGUUAAUACUAUAGAUAUGUUGCAAAAUUGUAUACAAAACGAUCGCACUUUUGGUGUUGUAUGUUCUGGUAAUUCUGAGGUGGAGCGAAUAGGAACAACUGCCGAGAUCUACGAAUAUACAGAUGGAACUGUAUGGAUGGAGCAUGGUCGGCGAGAAUUUCGCUUGAAAGCUAAAGGCAGACAGCGUUUUAAGAUAUUACGUAUUAUUUCAGAGGAUCACAGUAAAAUUUUGGCCAAUGUUAAAGUGUUACCAGAGAUAACACUUGGGCCACCGUUUUUGGACCAACGCUUGGCCUCAUUAGAUCGCUUAAGAGUUAAUCCUGAUUCAGAAGAAGACAUGAAAAAGCAAGAGAGAGUACAAAAUAUGGAUGCGGCGGUGACUGCUUGGCCAGCUUGGGUCUAUAGGCAGUACGAUCCUGUAAGACUUUCCUUUAAAAUACGUCAGCAUCUGCAGUUUCUUGAAACCAGAGGUGGUAGUGUACCUAAAGAUCCUGUAGAUUUAUCUUUCUGGGUCGCACAAAAUAUUCUAAUGGAUCAUGAUGAAAGGCUUAUGUUAUUAAGUUACGACUGCGCAAUUUCUCGAUUACAAAGAGAAUUAAAGUAUCUUAUGGAGGAUAAGAUCUACGUAUGCGUUCAUUGCGAAUCCUUUAUCGGUAGACAGUCGCAUAUGUUUCCAAUGAAUAAGGAAGGUCCACAGGGUACUUAUGUUAAUCCCGGUGGUAUUAUACACGAGACUAUAACUUUUUAUCACGUUCAAGGAGUUAAGCUCAACGAUGAGGCCCCUUCGACCGAGUACAGUUGGUUUCCUGGAUAUGCCUGGACAGUAGCUAUCUGUGACGGCUGUCAUCAUCACGUCGGUUGGAAGUUUACAGCAGUGCAUAACUUAAGACCUAAAACAUUUUGGGGCUUGACACGCAGGAGUUUGAAAAAUAAGAAAGAAAAAUAAAACAAAGAUGUAUGAUUAAUAUAUGUUGGGUGUCAUAAAUGUCUUUGUAAUUUAUUGGAUGGGUACUUUUGACAAUGUCUUUAAUUUAUUGGAUGAAGACUUUUGAAAUGUAUGGUAUUUAAUAGAAUUUAUCUUAUGCGAAGAGAGA